AUGGCUUCUUUUUACUAUCCAUGGAGCUUUUGCUGCUUCUUUAGCAUUGUCACACUCAUUUUCUCCGGGUUCGUAAAGCCUAGUGUAGCUGUCUAUCAUGGCUACGUUCCGAGCCCAUGGACCCUAGCCCACGCCACAUUUUAUGGCGAUGAGUCUGCAUCUGCAACUAUGGGGGGUGCUUGUGGAUAUGGGAACUUGAUUACUAACGGAUACGGAACCAAUACAGCUGCAUUGAGCUCAACGCUCUUUAGCGAUGGAUACGCAUGUGGUCAGUGUUACCAAAUACGGUGUGUCCAGUCCAAAUGGUGCUACAAAGGUUAUACAACCGUUACUGCCACCAACCUUUGCCCACCUAACUGGUCUAAGGAUUCAAACAACGGAGGAUGGUGCAACCCUCCCCGAACCCAUUUCGACAUGGCUAAGCCCGCGUUCAUGAAAAUUGCUCAAUGGAAAGCCGGCAUUGUCCCAGUCAUGUACCGCAGGGUUCCAUGCAAUGCCAUCAGGAAAGGUGGGAUCAGAUUUUCUUUUCAAGGAAAUGGGUAUUGGUUGUUGGUGUAUGUGAUGAAUGUUGGUGGUGCGGGUGACAUCCGUAAUAUGUGGGUCAAAGGGACCAAGACCGGUUGGAUCAGCAUGAGCCAUAACUGGGGUGCUUCUUACCAAGCUUUCGCAACUCUUAAGGGUCAAGCCCUAUCCUUCAGGCUAACUUCAUACACCACAAAACAGACUAUUACGGCUUACAAUGUCGCCCCGGCUAACUGGAACCUAGGGUUGACCUACCAAGCCAAAGUCAACUUCCAUUAAUUUGUCCAUGUUUGCAAAUUUGUUUUUGGUAUAUAGUUGAUGAUUUAUUUAUCAUCACUUCAGUUUAUACCCUAUAUUUUAAAAGGGUUUUGAUCGAGUCAUUUUUCUUAAGAUGUAAUAAUUCUACUUCCAGUACUGGAAAAGUCAAAGUCAUUUUGUUGUACUUA